ACGAACUUCGCACCGUGACUACCUCGGAACUCCACUCAGCACCCUUGAAGCUUGUUAGCCGUCCUUGUGCUCCCUCUGAUUAAUUGCAAUGGCGCCUCAUCCUCUUAUCAAUCAACCUGCGCCAGAGUUCUCCAUCCCCGAUGCGAACGGACACACGUUCAAAUUCCCCCCUGAAGAACAGGGGGUGCGAGUGAAGAAGCCUAUUGCGUUGUUCUUCUAUCCCGAGGCAGGAACGUUCGGUUGCAUUCGCGAAGCUUGUCAAUUUCGUGAUGCAUUGGUUGAGAAAGAGAUCUUCAAGCGGACUGAUGUUCAGGUCAUCGGGAUAAGUCCCGAUCCUGUGCCAAAGCAGAAACAAUUUGUUGAGAGUCAGAACCUUACAUAUCCUGUCUUGAGCGACGAGAAGCACGUUGCCUACCAAGCUUUUCAUGUCGGCAAGAGCCUUCUCGGAUUCACCGACACCAGAACAACUUUUGUCAUCGAUAGUGAAGGCAUAAUCAGGGAUUCGUUAUCUGCAACCAUGAAUUACAGCGCCCACGUCAAAUUUGUCAUUAAGGCCUUGGGUAAACUUGAAGUGGACUCGUCUCAACAUUCUGUUGAGUCUUCGUCAAAGACCCAUGACGUGGAAGACGAUGCUGUACGUUCUGAUGACUCGUCAUCAUCACAAAUUCCUGACGAACUGGGUCGGGUUGCAUACGUGGUUGGUGCAUGACGACUUCGUCCCGUAUUCUUACCUUCAUUGUACUGUGUUUGUUGUGUUUAAGCG